GCCACUCAGACAUCUUGGAGCCUCGUCCCAGGCAGGCCCCAGGCUGCAGCACCCAGGGUUGGGCAUGCCGCGAGCUGGCUUCUGGGGUGGCCACCAGGUCAGGAGGCCAUGGUGCCACACACAGCCAGAGCUGUUGUUCCGGGAGAGCCCAGGCUCCUCCGAGUUCAGGGAGUCUUGCACGCACAUCUUUCAGGACGGCGCUUCUCCCACAGGCUGCCAGUGGAAUUGACCACAGCUCCUGGAAGUCUGGCCAGACUUAGGAAACCGUGACAGAGGUCGGAGUAGUGCCACGUGGGGCAACUAACAGUCUUGAGGGGGCACGGCCCAGAACCCCAGAUCAGUAUCUUAAAAGACAGCAGGGAGAGCGGCCGGAGGAGCCAAGUAGCUGUCACCACCCAGAGCCCUGUUUUGGAUGGGGAGCUGAGGCUCCGAGAAGCACCCCAGGUUGCUCAGCGUGUCAGCUUCCACUCGGGGCCAUGGAAACAGCAGUGAUUGGUAUGGUGGCGGUGCUGUUUGUGGUCACUGUGGCCAUCACCUGCGUCCUCUGCUGCUUCAGCUGUGACUCGAGGGCCCAGGAUCCUCAGGGGGGCCCUGGCCACAGCUUCACAGUGGCCACGUUUCACCAGGAGGCUUCUCUCUUCACGGGGCCGGGUCGCCAUGCUCAGCCAGUGUCAGGGGCCCGGGACUUCUGGACCUUCAUGUGAGGCCUAACAGCCCCCAGGGUUUGCUCUGCUGGUGGGUCAGACUCACCCGGCCCCCAGCGAGCCUGCCCCGAUGUCCCCCUCUUCCAAGUCUGGCAUUGCUGCUCUUCCUUGCCUGUAUCCAGCCAACUCCCUGUUACAUUCCGUCCUGGGGUGCUGUGCCCUCCCACCUGGGAGAUCCCCGGUGGUGGGACCAGGUGGGAGUCGGCCCUGGCCCCUGAGAGCUCAGCUGGACCCGCCCACGGGAUGGGGCUUGGGAAAGGUCUGAGGAGUGAGUGACUGCACAGUGUUGGACUGCACAGCGGGCGAGCUCUUCUGAUCUACAGGGGAAGUGGGACUUACUGUAAACAGGGUUUGGUUAACUCGGGUGAACCCCAGGAUGCCCACGGAGCCGGCUCUAUGGCUACCAGAGGAAGCAGCUCUCUCAAGCGGACACUUUCACAAACCACCUCUCAUCUGCCCCCCGACAGAGCCUUUUUGCUCUUUGAAUGUGCACGUGCCACAGACCCCGACCGUGAGGCCUGCCCCCGCCCGCUGCCUGAAAUCAGCCCCGAAACUCCGAAACCAAAGAGCCACUUCCUGGGAACAAACGGUUUAUUUUAUCAUUGAAAAUGUAUAUCCUUUUAUGGCUCUCCCAAGAGGCAGGGUUGGAAAACCACCAAAGGACACAGAAGAGAAAAUCAGAGUCGCAGAAAGCAGGGGAUAUUUUGUUAACAGAAAAGCCAGCAAGAAGACUGUGAAACAUGCUUUGAAGGAGACUUUAUCACUCCAUCCUUAUUGGUCACUUUCAUCCUCAGAGAAUGUGAGCGACUUGAGUCACUCGGGAUUGACAGGAAACCAGGAACUCAAAGACAAGUCCAAGUGCGUUCAAACGUCACGUCGCAGUGAGAGCGUGCCAUGGCACUCUCGUUUCCAUCACAGAUAAAGAAAGGCUCAGAUUUUUUCAUGGAAGAUCUGUUUUCUCUGUACCCACGAAAUAAAUGUUGUGCCGUAUUUAAGAGUAUAGUUUGAAGGGUACAACAUUUUGAGUCUCCUGGCUAGUAUGUCUGUUCAGCCCUGAACAAAUGGUUCUUCCAGGACCCACCUGUUGAGGAGGGCAGGACUGGCCCUGAGUGGGGCUCUGGCCCCUGAGUGUGCCCAGGCAGGCCACCUUGGCCAUGUGGUAAGGGGCCAGAGACAGUCAGGUUGAUGGAGAGGAACAGAGUGGGUGAGCGUGGGGAGAGGAGAGGCACAGCCCAGGCUCCUGGGGACCACGCCUUGAUCAUGUGGGACCCAUGCACGUGGAAGGGAGCUGGCUGCAGGGAGGACCUGGGGACCGAGUACAGGGAAUUGUUGCAGGUUGGGUUCUCUGAAAGUGAACACUGAGACAAAGUUUGGGGUGCAAGAUGUUUAUAGGGAUCAACGUCUGUGAGGGAAAGGAGGAGGGAGCAGGAUUGAAUAGGAGUCAAAUUGUGAUGCAGACCCUUCAUAUACCCUCACUUUUGCCAGUCUCUGAGUGAUGCCCCACCUCCUGCCCCCCUGAGUUUGCCUACAGGCAAAGUAGCUCUGGGCUGAGGUGGGCCCUGAGACCCUUCCUUGCAGGGGCCGUGGGUGGUGCAUCUCCACGGGAACUCAGCAGGGCCCUGUUCCUGGAGGCACUCGGACCAGUAAGAGGUGGGUGGACGAGUCCAGGCACAGAGAAAUACCUGAGAAUGAGAGCUGCAGGUGGGCAGAGAUGGAGGUGCAAGGUCUGGGAGGGAUGAAGAGUGGGCCUCGGGUGCUCUCUGCCCUUUAACAGAGUCAGCUCUGCUCCAGGG